AUGUCUGUAUCAAAUGAAGAUUUAUAUAAGUUAAUAAUAGAAGGAAACAACUCCUUAAAACAAGAUUUCAAAGAUCUAAAAUCUGGAAUUCACAAAGAAAUUAACAAUUUAAAGAGUAAAAACGAGGAAUUAGAAAACGAAAAUAGAAAACUAAAAAAUAAAUUACUAGAAGUUGAAAGACGGCAAAAAAAGUAUAAUAUUAUUGUAUAUGGAUUGGAUGGUAACGAGGAGGAAACUGAGAAUAAAAUAAUUGAUCUUUUCAAUGAGACGCUACAAACUCAAUGUAAAACAGCCGAUUUUAGAGAUAUCUUUCGUAUAGGGAAAGUUAAUAAAGAUAUUCCUCGCUCUAUAGUUGUAGAGACACAAAAUUACAAAUUAAAAAAAGAGAUUUUAAAGAACGUCCAUUUAAAAUCCAAACUACUUAAAGAAAAAAAAAUAUUUAUUACCCCAGAAUACGCAACAGAUGAUUAUCUAGAUAGAAAAUUGCUUGGAAGCUUUUUAAGAACUGCAAAAACCAACAAACCGGAUGCCAAAAUACGAAACAACAAAUUAGUCAUCGACGAAGAGGAAUACACGCUAGAAUAUUUGAAAAGAAACCCCGACUUCUUAAAAGUGGAUGAGGCUUGUGCUUCUUCUAAAAAUCUGCAGUCUGUUGAAAAGGAAAUUGGUCAAUCACCAUCAAAAUACGAGAAAGAAAUUCCUAAAAGGUCCACCCGUUUUGGAAAGAAAUAG